AAAAACAGUUGAGUCGAUCGUAAGAUUUCCAUUUUUAUCUUCUUGACCACAACAAAGGGGUUCAGAUUCAUCCACAAAGCACAGGCAGGCAUUUCCUCAAAUCUGAACGAAAAAUUUAAUCAAAGCCAUCUUUCAAUACAUCCAUCUUCCCUUUCUUCUCUCCACAACGACAUUCUUUGUUUAUUUUUCUUUCUCUAAAAAGAUUCACUCAAAAUGACUUUAUCAUCUUAUCUUUCAUACAACCAUCCACCUUCUUCACCACCUUCUUUUGAACAAAGUAAUAUACAAAGGGAUCAAGAUCAAAGGGACAAAGAAGUUUUCACUUCAUCUCCGAUCGAAUUCACUUCUUCUCACCAUCAUCUCAACGAACAAGAACAAAUUCGAACGUGGGAAGAAGAUCAAGCUGAAAUCAAACGUCAUUUCGAACAAAGGGAAAGAGAUCGUUUAGCGGGAAAAGAUCAAGAGGAAUACUCUUACGAUCCAUUUGAUCGAUUUGAUGAAAUGGCAGAUGAUCGUCAAAGGAUAUCUCAUUAUACAACAAAUGAUCCUUCAGGUUUUCCACAGCAACUUUAUUCUUUUGCUGCUUUACGAUUAGAAGCUGAUGGUCAAGUUGCACGUCAAGGAGGAUAUGCUGAUCAAUCAUCAGCAUUUAUCGCUCCACCUUCAGAAAUAUCUCAAGGAAUCACUUCACCUGCAACAAGUCCUUACGUUGGUUUUGGCACUUCUCCCACAACAACUUCUCCGGCAUCCUUCAGUUCUCAUUUGCCAUCUUCUCCUGUACAAUUUCAAACGCUUAACAGUCAUUUGGGUUCAACUGCUAAUUUGGCCCACGCUUAUCCUAUUCCAAACUUCGCUCUUACAUCUGCCGCAAUUCCACAAUCAGCAGACAAUAUCGGUUCAAAUAUGAUGAUCAGACAUGCAUCACAACCAGUUUUGCGUGAUCCCAAUCAAGAUUGGCAUAUGGCACAAGAGAAUCAUUAUACCAGUGGCAUGCCAAUGCAAAUGCCUAUGCCAGACACUCAAUUGUAUUCAUCAUCGAUGAAUGUUCCCUUCCCAAAUCAAAUCCAAGUGCCAGUCUUACCGCCUUCAACACCAGCAAAGAAGACCAGAACAAUCCAAGAAAAGUCUCAUGCACGUAAACGUCCAGACGGAUAUGUUAAAAGGCCACAGAACUCUUUCAUUCUUUAUCGUACACACGUUACAAAGAAUAACUUGAUUCCAGAACAAUAUCAAAUCAAUCGAAGUCAAGAUAAAUCAAGAAUUAUUGGUAUGAUGUGGAAAAGUCUUACACCUGAAGAGCGUAAGCCAUGGGAAGAUUUGAGCAGGGAAACGCAUGAAGAACAUUUGAAAAUGUUUCCUUCUUAUCGUUACAAACCCGAAUCGAACAAGAAGGAUAAAUCAAAGAGGAAUUUGAAUACGCCAGAUGAUAUCGAGAAAACAUGCGAGGCGAUUGCCAAUUCGAUUCUCAAAAGUCAAGGACGUCAUGCUCCUGCAAACGCUAAAUCAAGCAGAAGGAAGGCAAAGAAGAAGUCCAAGGCUGAUAUGGAAAAGGAAAAGCUUGCUGGUCCAAGUGCAUCCUCAUCACGAAGAGCAAUCCCGAAAGCAACAAAGAAGUUACGUUCGUCUGUUCGUUCAGGUCGCAAAUCUGAUAGUUCUGACAAGGCUGUUACGGGAGAGAAGUCGGCAAAGACAAACAGUCGUACAAGAAGAGGUGGCAAAGGCAAGGAGAAAGAAAGUGAUUCAGAUGAAUCUGAAGAAGGUGCACCAACUCUGAUGCCAAUCUUCAAUGCGCCUAAUGAUGAUCUUUAUCAUCAAGGCCAGGACAAAGAGCAGGAUUAUCAUCCUCCAAAUCUCGACUUGACAACUAGACGUCGAUCGUCUUCGAUGCCAACGGGUAUGCAAUCCAACCACCUCAAGCCAUUCUUCCCGGCUAGUUCUUUGGGUGCUACUUCACAUGACGUUCAGCGUUCUUUGCCUGCUUCCGCUUAUCCGACAUUCCUUCCACACGUUGAAGAAGAUCCUAUUGCUGCUGCUGCCGUUGCUGCUGUUACAUCGGAUGCCCAUCUUUCUGAUGCCAGUGUGGAAUUAUUUGCAAGCUGGCAAGAUCGUAUUGCACAAGCAGCUCAUCAAGCAGCCGAGACGAACAUCUACGCCAAUUCUUCAUUGUUUGAUGCACAAUUUAAUGGAAUGCCUUCAGCACGUUCGUUCUCUGCUGAUAAUGCUUUAUCUUCUGCAAUGGGUCAUCAUUUCGCAUAUGAUGCUUCCGGUCAACAUCAAACACGUUCAGAACAUGAAGAUGAUGUUCAUUUUGAACAAGCACAUGACAAUGAGCAUGCACGACCGCAUACGACAUCCGCAUGCUCUACGUUGGCAAUGACUGUUGCGAAAAAGCGACCAGAGCGUCUUGCAUUGGCCAGAUCAAACUUGGACGCAUUGCCAAGCAUGUCACCCAGAACAAUGCCAGGAAGUACAUUGACAUCAAUGCCAGCUCUUACGCCUCGUCAUAAUAGCGAUUUCUCAGCCAAUACAACUCAAUCCGCAUUAGCGAGACAAACAAAUACAGAACCUAUUGCUCAAACUGGUUUUCAAUCCACACAUGAACGUCCACAUACAUCGUACGCAUUACGAAAUGGAGAAGAUUCCAUGUUAAUUUCACCAACGAAUGAAACAAUGGAAGAUUUACGAAGGACAAGUUUGACAGGAAACAAUUGGCAAUCGUUUGCUUUGCGUAGGUCAAGAUUAUCGCAAUUCGAUGUUGCAUUACCGGUAAUGCAUUCUCGUCUUUCGAUCGGAAGUGGUGCACAAUCUCAAAUGGCCACUCCAACAGGUUUCCCACCAACCCCAUUAACGGCAAAAUUUAAUCCUUUUCGUUUUACGUCUGGAACGUAUUUAAGCGGAAUGGAAAGUCGUAGAAAUAGUUUAUUGGUAGAAGAACAUUCUGAACAUCAACAACAUCAUCAACAGCAACCGCAGCAUUAAUCACUUUCCCUUUAUAGUUUUUUUGUUUUUGAGUUUUGAUAGCACGUUAUAAUUACCGUUUUUCCCCAUUACAUUUGUUCGCACGUUUGACUAGAGUGAGAGUUGCACAACUGAUAUAAGAAGCCUCCUGAGGGCCAAAUGUAAGGUAGAC